AUGAUCACAGAUAUACAGCUCRCCAUCUUGGCCAACAUACUGAUCCAUGUGUUGCUCUUCUUGUUUGUGGUUCUCUAUCACUAUGUAGCUGUCAAUAAUCCCAAAAAGAAGCAAUGA